AUGUUUUUUAGUAGUUUCACAGGCGGUUACAAUAACAGCUAUUAUACUGAUUAUAAUAAGAAUUACAAUAACGCUGGCGGCAUUAAAUAUCUCGACACUGCCUAUUCACAUAAUAAUCGUAGUUCGCGUAAUAUAACUACCGAUAACAUCGCAUAUUCACGUAAUAUCAAAAAAGAUAAUAAUAAGAUCACUCCUAAAACAUCUAACAAUGGUGGUGGUGAUAAUUGCGAGGCAACUACUAAACAAUACACAUCGAAUAAUCUAAACAUAUCACGUGAUCACACCAAUUCUGAAGGUGGUAAAUUGACUCGUAAAUACUGUCAUAAUAAACUGCUUAAAGAUGACGCAUCAUUUGAUCAAUAUGCUGGGUCUGUUGAUAAGUAUGGAUUUGAACUUAGUAAAGACGAGACAAUAAACUCAAAAUCACUUGAUGUAGAUAGAAGAGCAGAAAAAAAGGAAAUCAAAGAAUCACAAAAAUGGGCAAGUUUGCUUUCAAAACGUAAAAGAGUCUCUAAAUUAGGAAGAUAUGGUGAAACCUUUUAUCAAUUUGUAUGGGACAAAAAAUUUGUGAAAAGAGUUUAUAAAGGUAUACCUAAUCCUUGGAGAAAUAAAUCAUUAUUAAAUUUACCAUCAAUUCAUGAAAAUAACAUAGACUUAAAUGUAUCUGUAACAUUACAAUCACACAUAAUGUUUAAAUCAAGAUAUGGGCCUGGGCAAAGAUCAAUGUUUAAUGUAUUGAGAGCUUUCUCAAACUAUAAUGAAGAAGUUGGUUUUUCUCAAGGAAUGGCUAAUGUUGUAGCAAUUUUAUUAAUGUAUUACCCUGAGGAGGAUGCCUUUAUAAUGUUGACAAAAUUAUUUUCAAAGUGUGAUUUACAUAAUCUUUAUGUGCCUGGUUCCCCUUCCUUGAUGGAAGCCAAAUUAUUAAAAUCAAAUUUUGAUGAUUCAAUGGAAAUCUUAUCAUCAAAAAUGGAAAUAAAAAACGAAAAACUUUUAUUUAAAACAAUUAAAAAUUUGUAUAAAGGAAGAAAAAAUGAAAUUAAAAAAUAUAAAGAUGAAUAUAAAAAUUUACAACAACAGUUUAAUGCACAUUAA